CCUUCGCAGUAGUAGGAUUUGUAAAUCCGUAUGGGGUGUUGUACUGCCGUUUUUUACCAGCAGUGGACAGCAGCAAGCAGCAACAGUCUCUCCAGAGGUGGAUGUGUGGGAUUGAAUCAGGGCGAACUGGGCAGCCACUGUCAUAGAGAACCGCACAGAACUAAUACAAUAGCGAAACAUGGCUACUGAGACGAUAUCAGCCUGCACAGGAUCCAGCUUACUACAGCCAAUAAGCGAGAUAACCAACCUUCCGUUAGAUCAGGUGAACUUCGUAGUAUGUCAGCUCUGUGCCCUGCUCACGGCCGUGUGGUUCAGGCUCUAUCUGCACCCCAGCAAGACAAGUCCUUUUGUGCGGCAUGUGGUGGCCACACUGCUGGGCAUCUACUUUGCCCUCUUCUGCUUUGGCUGGUAUGCGCUUCAUUUCCUUCUCCAGAGCGGCAUUACCUACGGCAUAAUGAUUCUGACCGGAGUCGAGCACAUGCACAAAUACUGUUUGGUGGUCGCCCUGGGUUAUCUUAGCUUCUGCCAAAUCACCCGGGUUUACGUCUUUGAUUACGGCAUGUACUCUGCCGAUUUCACAGGGCCGAUGAUGGUCAUCACACAGAAGAUAACCAGUGUGGCAUUUGAGAUCCAUGAUGGAAUGGCAAGAAAGGAAGAUCAGCUCAACCAGGGUCAAAAACUGUUGGCUAUAAGACGGAUGCCCAGUUUAUUGGAGUACUUCAGUUAUAACUGUAAUUUCAUGGGCAUAUUGGCUGGUCCCACCUGCUCCUAUAACGAUUACAUUGCCUUCAUUGAGGGCACCCCCUAUCGGCACAGAGAGCUUGAGACCAAGGGAAAAGUCAAUGGGAAGAGCAGACUGAAUGACCCAUCACCAAAUACAGAGGUCAUCCGAAAACUGGCCACCUGCUUCAUCUCGUUGCUGGUCUUCCUCUCCGUCUGCAAAGUCUGUCCUGUGGAGCGUAACGUUGAUGAUGAUUUUAUUGCCACCACACCCUUCUAUGCUCAGGUGGUCUACCUGUAUUUGUCCAUGCUGACCACCCGGCCUAAAUACUACUUUGUUUGGACUCUGGCUGAUGCCAUCAACAACGCAGCAGGAUUUGGCUUUAAUGGCUACGACAGUGAUGGUGUGCCUCGGUGGGAUCUCAUUUCCAACCUCAGGAUCAUGAAUAUAGAGCUUGCCACAAGCUUUAAGGUAUUCCUGGAUAACUGGAACAUCCAAACAGCACAUUGGCUAAAGAGGGUGUGUUAUGAACGUUGUCCUUACAAUCCCACUGCUGCCACCUUCCUGCUGUCAGCCAUGUGGCAUGGAGCUUACCCGGGCUACUACCUCACCUUCCUCACUGGCAUCGUCAUCACUCUUGCAGCCAGAGCUGUGAGGCACAAUGUAAGACCGUACUUCUUGGGUUCGCCAACUCUCAAGUUUGUGUAUGAUGUCAUCACAUGGGCUGCCACACAGAUUGCCAUUUGUUACACAGUGGUUCCCUUUGUGCUGCUUUCUGUGGGCCCCUCGCUCAAGUUCUACAGGUCCCGGUACUUCUGCAUCCACAUAGGCUGUAUACUGCUGGCCAUUGCUCUGCCUGUGAAACCACGCCACCUGCGGCUGAAAGAGCAACAGUCUGCUGUACAACCGAGCCUGGAGAGCACAGACAGCAACAGCAACCAGAAACCAAAAGCCACAUGAGUCCUGGUACACCUUACCAAACUUCUCUACACACACAGACUGGGCAAAUGUACCUAUUCUCCAGCCACACAUGAAGAGAGUCAGAUAAACUAAAGCUCACAAAUAAACCAACAAACCAGCCUUUAUCUGGACUGAUAGAGUAAGUCAUCUCUUGACUCAGUAUAGUGGUACUGGGAUUCGACAGAGAUUUGAGAUGAUGGAAUCAAACCUGAGUCUGACUGCUAUAAGAAGAGUUUUAUUGCCAAGAAAACACUUGUAUAGAAUCAUGUGACCUUGCCUUUAUAAUCCCACUUGUCACAGCAAGUAUUAGUGUCCUAACCUGGUGGUCUUGUAUCAGGUUGUAAAUUGGAUUUUCUUGCAAUGGACAAGGCCUUUAUCAGUUGGAAAAAGCAGGCAAUAUUAUUUUUGAAGUUUUCACAUCGCAGGGGUAAAUAUAAAUAUGACCAACUAAGCUAACAGGAAAAAUAAUAAUGGAUUUAUUGGGAAAAGGAAGUUUAAAGAAUGCAGGAUGUCUGUGCAACAACAACAACAAAAAAAAAACGUUUAAAUAAUGUCCACAAAUUUUAAGAAAAAUUGGUUCUUUUUCCUAGUCAGAAAGUCUGAAUUGAGAUUUAAUUCCAUGGCUGAAUCAUUAAAACUGGGCUCUUUGCUCUUUGUCAAUGUUAUGUUUGUUAUGGUCUGUUGUAAUGUCUUGUCCAUUUAGUCUUCACAUAAACUCUGAAAGUUACACAUAAUACAUUCCACUCUAAAGACCAGAGAUUCUUUUCUCAUAAAUGAAAGUAUUUCUCAGUCUAAACUGGGAAUUUUGGGAUGUUAGAGUAAAAAAAAAAGAAAAAGAAAAAGAAAAAAAAGAUAGUACUGUUCAUUGCAUGACUUUUUCUGAGUCAGGCAGGCAGUGAUUCUGUAUGCACAUUAAUGCACAUUUUGUAUGGCAUCAGUCAGCUUCAAAGUUCGGCCUGCUUAAGGUUGGAAAUGAAGCUGAUGUUCGUGUUAAAGUUUGAUAAAAUGAUAGAGAAUGUCCACUGGAUUUGUUUGAACCAUAUUAUGUUCGCUGUGUGGAUCUGGUAAAUUUUUUUUUUUUUUUUUUUUUUUUGCAAAUUAUGUGAUUAAAAGAGGUCUUUUUUUCUA